AUGGUAUUAAAGAACUCGAAAUGGGACAAGAAAGCCAAAUAUAAGUUCAUGAAAAAGCAUGGAUUAUCAAACAAACCACCAACAGAUCAACUGCAGAUUGUAACUCCAAAGUGGUCUACAAAGAAACAAGGAACGUCUGAUAAAAAUAAAAUUCAAUUAGAAGAUUCUGAUGAUGAAUGGGAUUCUGAUGUCGAUGAAGCUUUAAUCAAUCAUUUUUAUCCACAAUUAAACACAGAUGAAGAGUUGAGUCUAGAACAUAAGAUCAAAAUUAAACAACAAAUAUUGAGAGAUUUGGAAAAUGAAGAUCAAUCUGGUGAUGAAGAAAUUGACGAUGACGAAGAAAACGAGGAGGAGGAGGAGUUAGAUGGUAUAUAUUUAGGAGAAAAAAAAGAAGCUGUGAAGGAGAAAGCACCUAAGUUCAAUCUUGAAGAGUUUAUUAACAAUAUAGACAGAAAACCGAAAAACAAGAAACUUCUAAAGAAUAAAAUGUCGGAUAAUUUUUUAGAAGAAUAUGGAUUAGAAAGUUAUGAUCAAUUAUCGAGGAAAAAAGAUGACUACAAUGAUAUUUACAAUGAAAAAAUCAAAAAAAAGCAGAAUGAAAAAAUGUUCCUGAAGCUAAACGAAUUUCAAGAAUUUGAACUAGGUAAAGAAAAACCAAAAGAGUCAAAUAUACGGACAUUAACAGAGGAUGAAAAACAGGAAGAUUUGAAAAGAGCAAAACUAAUAGAAGAAAAUAAAUUUUACCAGGAAAUUAAACGAAAAUUUGAAGAUAAGAAACCACAAAGGAAUAAAAUUUUAGAUAUAAAUAAUUUUAGAGGUGAUGAAAGUCAAUUGAGCUAUUUAAAUGAAAAAAUAGCUAGAGAGGAAGGUAAGGAUACAUUUGAAGAUGAUAUUGACCAAUUAUUGGGUCGUGACACUGAUCAAAAGGAAAUUAACAUUAAUGAUGAUGAUGAUGAUGUUACAGAGAUGUUGAAUAAUUUAAAUAUGAAACUGAAACCAAAACAACAAAACCAACUAAAACAAAAUCAACCACAACAAAAACCAAAUUUAACGAAUAAUAAUGAUAUAGAUUUUUUAGAUAGCUUAAUAUAA